CUGCAAGUUUAUUAUAAAAAUGUUAGAAUACGACGACGUCCUGUUCUGACAUCGUUUUGUUCUCGCACAGUUCUGACAUAGUGCAUCAGUGAAAAUAGCACAAGCAGUGGCCUCGAAGCCGAAGUGCAGAGAAGUGCGUCGCCGGUUCUCGACUCGUCGUCAUGGCAACUGUCAGGAGCAAAACGGGUUUAAACCUCCUGACUCGUUCCUUCCUCCGGCGGAUUUCAGGCUUCAGUUACUCAAGCACACGGACGCUUGAAACCCUAGCCUUCGAAGAGCUACGAUCUUCCCCGGACAAGCCAUACACUUCAACGGCUUUUAUUCUCCAUGGUCUUUUAGGAUCUGGCCGCAACUGGCGUUCCUUCUCUCGAAAUCUCGCUUCCUAUCUUUCCAAUUCGUCUUCUUCUUCUUCUGAGUGGAGAAUGGUGCUUGUUGAUAUGAGGAACCAUGGGAAAUCUGCCGAUAUUGAAGGUCUGCACCCGCCUCAUAACUUAUUCAAUGCAGCUAAAGAUUUGGCUAAUUUGGUCAAAUCUCAUUGUUGGGCUUGGCCUGAUGUCGUUAUUGGUCACUCCAUGGGAGGCAAGGUUGCUCUCCAGUUUGCGCAGAGUUGUUAUCGUGGUGAUUAUGGAGAAUCUGUUGCUUUGCCCAAGCAGCUGUGGGUUUUGGAUUCUGUCCCUGGGGAAGUAGGCCUUGAAAAAAGUGAUGGAGAAGUCGAGAAAGUCUUGAAGACAUUGCAGAGUUUACCUUCACUAAUUCCUUCACGAAAGUGGCUUGUGAACCACAUGAUUGAACUUGGGUUCUCCAAGUCAUUAUCAGAAUGGAUUGGUAUUAAUCUUAAGAAAUCUGGAGAUCAGGAGACAUGGGCUUUUAAUCUUGAAGGUGCCAUCCAGAUGUUCAAGUCUUACAGGGAGACAUCAUAUUGGUCUUUACUGGAGCACCCACCGAAAGGAAUGGAAAUAGAUAUCGUGAUUGCGGAGAAGAGUGACCGUUGGGAGCCAGAUACAAUUCUGCGACUUGAAAGUCUUGACAAUCAGAAAGAAAAUGGUUCUGCGGGUAAGGUUGCAGUAUAUGUUCUUCCAAACUCUGGGCACUGGGUUCAUGUCGACAAUCCAAAGGGUCUUCUUCAGAUUGUGGCGCCUAAGAUAGCCUCCCUUCAAGCAUAAAUGCAUGGUGAUAGCUUUUUUUAAUGGAUUCAUUAUAAAGGGAGUAUUACGGGUAUUGUCUUUGACCCUCAUUGUAAUAAAAUACAAUUAAGAUAGUUGAUUAAUGAACAUAUCAUGAUUUAUGAAUAAUCUUCUAUUUUUUUUUU